AUGUCCCCAUACCGCAUCAUCCUGCUCGCUUCAGUCGCACUGGUCGCUAGACCAACAACUGUUGUCGUGUCUGCUACGUCGGGCGAGAGCAGCAAAUUGCCUCGUAGCCUCGUGCUUGACAUUUCAGACUUCUCUAAGAAGCGUCGCAUGCGCGCUGACGACGGAGAGAACGUCGCCUCCACGAAGGAAGAGAGGGCAGAAGGUGGUUUUCAGAGCUUAGGAAAAAAAGUCAUGAAUAGUCUGUCUUUCAUGCCUUCGACUUGGCAUAACGAGGAAGAACCGGCUAGGCUCAAAGUGCUUGUGGGGCUCGAUGAUCCGAACGCACCCAAGCUCGGUAACAAGCAACUGGGCGAUCUCAUUGAAGCCUCGUACAAAAAGUAUCAGAAUGAAGAUUUCGUGGACACCACCAAGCUCUUGGCGAUUCUGGAGCUUAUACCGGUUGAUAGACUAGCGGAGAUGAUGCAGAAACAUCCGCGUCUCAAGGAGUUGAUGGCCAAGGUCUGGGUUAGCGAAGGCAAGACAGUUGAAGGCAUCAAGAAACGUUUGGGGAUCAACGACCAAGACCCCAAAGCUUUAGAACAUCCGAAUCUCGACCUGUUCAUUGCGUUCAAGCGCGUGCUGAAUGCUCAGAAUUUUCGGACAACGCCGUCAAUGAGAAUCGGGGACGGAAAUCUGAAGAAAGUGAAUGCGUUGAUUCGGCUCGACACUCCAGACGUGGAUAUUGCUGACAACGUGAACCUGGCCCUUUGGAUUGACGCCUCGUUCAAGAUGUCUAAGCACAGUGAUUUUCUGGACUCCGCUUUUAUCCCGGAGACUCUGGAUCGUAUACCAAUUAAAAGACUGGCCGAGCUGACGAUGAAGUAUCCGCAUUUCAAGGAGUUGAUGGCUAAGUGCUGGUUUACAAAAGGCAAGACUGUCACCGACAUCAAGAAACUGUUGGGGAUUGACGAACGAGACCCCAAACUCGAGGACCAUCUGAAUCUCGACCUUUUCCGCACAUUCGAGCAAGUGCUGAAUCGUCAGAAACCUCUGGGAAAUAUAAAUGCGUUUGUUUGGGUCGACGGUCCAGGCGGGAAUAUUGUUGAAAACCCGGAGCUGCACCGUUGGAUUGAGUUGUCGUACAACUUUCUUCGGCACAAUGAUGUCUCGAACGCCGCUACAUAUGCGGAGACUCUGGAUACCAUACCGAUUGGCAGACUGGCGGAGCUGACGGUGAAGUAUCCGCAUCUCAAGGAGUUGAUGGCCAAGGUCUGGGUAAAACAAGGCAAGACAGUCAAAGGCAUCAAGAAUCUGUUGGUGAUCAACGAACAAGACCCCAAAGUUUUAGAUCAUCCGAAUCUCGACCUUUUCAUUACGUUCAAGCGCGUGCUCAAGGAAAACAACAGAGGUACACAUGCGACAAGAAGUUAG